AUGGAGCCAUCCGGCGGUUCCGCCGGCCAGCUCCUAGUGUCCUCGGCGCUGCCCGUCGUAGAGAUGUGCCUCAUCGGGGGCAUUGGCGGCCUCAUGGUGCACAAGAAGCUGUUUGACGCCUCCAGCUGCACCGCCCUAGCCCGGGCCUGCCUCUUCAUCUUCAUUCCCUGCCUGACCUUCGGCAAGCUGGCACAGUCCGUGACCCUGGACUCGGUGCUCUACCUCUGGCCCCUCGUAGCCAACAUCGUGGUCAGUCUCCCCGUGGGCCUGGCCCUGGGCUGGGCGGCGGCCCGCCUCACCGGCAUGCCCCGUGCCUACACCCCACACGCCAUGUGCUGCGUGGCCUUUGGCAACGUGGGCAACCUGCCCCUGGUCUUCGUGGCAGCGCUGUGCCACGACCCGCACACCAUCUUCUUCCGCCGCCUGGGCGCGCCCUGCGAGGUCCUGGGCAUGUCCUACACCGCCUUUGCCAUCCUGGGUGCCACGGUGCUGCAGUUCACCGUGGCCAUCCAGCUGCUUAAGCCCGAGCUGGAGCUGGCGGUGGAGGUGGUGGGCGGCCGGGCGGGCGACUUCAGGCUGGGGCCAGGGUCGGACGCUGCAGCAGGCGCCGGGGCCCCAACCCGCGGCGCCGCCGCCGACGACCCCGCGUCGCGCCAGUGUCAGCAGGCACCAGGAAAGCGCGGCGCGGGGUCGGAGGAGGAGGGGCACAUGCUGGCCGCCGAGCACCCUCAGCCGAUCUGGGAGCUUGCGCGGCGCGAGGACUCGGACGCCACGCUGGACCUCCGCAGCGGCUCCCUGCUCAGCGUGGAGCUGCCGCUCAUGUCCUCGCCGCGCAUGGACUCGGCCGCCGGCCUCGCCGCAGAGCGGGAGGGCGCGGGCGAGGGGGCGCGACUGCUGCCGGGCGCGGCCGCGCCGGUACCCGAGCGCCACGAGCCAGGCGCGGGGCAGCGCGCUGCGAAUUCCUUUCGCGGGCGGCUCAGACACAGCGCGCGGCGGCUGGCGGCCGUGCCCUGGGCCUCCUUCUUCCCGCUGCCCACGCAGGCGGCGCUGGCCGGCGUGGUCGUGGGCUGCAUCGCGCCCGUGCGGAACGCCCUGUAUGGCCACGAUGCGCCCCUCACCUUCCUGGGGGACACGAUAGAGACCCUGGGCAACGGGCUCAUCCCCUGCACCAUCGUCCUCCUGGGGGCGGUGCUGUACAGGAGCUCACGCAGCGCCAGCAACACGCUGUCUACGGCGUCAGUCGCAGCCACCAUCGCCAGCCGGCUGGUGUUCUGCCCGGCGAUCAUGACCGGCCUUAUCAUGCUGGCCCUCAAACUCAAGCUCAUCCAGCCCGUGGACCCCCUGUUUGUGCUGUGCCUCCUCCUGCCAAACUGCAGCCCGACCGCCAUCAACAUCCAGACGAUGACGGUGCUGUACAAGCAUGGCGAGGCCGAGGUGAGCAAGCUCCUCUUCUGGUGCUACAUUGCGGCGGUGCUCACGUUGCCGGCGUGGACCUGGGUCUUCCUCCAAAUAAUCCAGCGAAUAGACUUCCCCCCGCGGCCGGGAACAUGA